CAAAAUUAUCUCAACUUCUUUUACUGAAAAAUUUAAAUAUUAAACAUCUCGAAAUUAUAUGUUACACCGAAGACGCUUGUAACACUGAGACACAUAAUGAGGGUAUCGCAGAUUCUUGCCAUAUUCACAUCGCUUCAAUGUCUGUUGACACUAGCAGCUCAAAACAACGGAAACGAAGAACAGCAGACAUCAGUUGUUCUUCAUACAAAUAUAGAGGAAACCCAAUUGAAGGAUUCCGAAAAUCUGAUUCAAGCUGGUAUACAGCGGUUCUACUCACUUGUGAAAGGGCUGGUAUUCGUAGAUAAAACCCUCCUCAUAGAGAAAAUAUUCGCUUCCAGUGCAUCGUCUAACAUAUUGAUUACUUACCCCAGGAGAUGGGGUAAGUCAGUGAACCUGGAUAUGAUAAGAAGCUUUGCUCGGAUGGAUUUUCAUCGAGAUGGAACUGAAUUUGAUCGUGAGAAAACAUCCGCAUACUUACUUUUCAAGAAAGGCCAAUUUUGGGACGCAAAAAAAGAAAAAAUCUACAGCAUGAACUUGACUGAUAGUUUAUUUUUGAUUUCACAAAAACAAGAUAUCAUAAAUGAACAUCUGGGUAGAUAUUUUGUCAUUCAUUUGAGUUUAUUGAUACCAUGUUUCGGCAAAUCUGGAAAAAUCAAUUACGAUGACUUUAUGAAGCGAUUUAAAGAUCAAAUAAUCGAAAUCUACGGAAUCUAUUCGUUUGUUUGGAUUAAACUGAAACAAAUAGAUCAUCCCUCUGGCAUAGAACUGAAAUAUAUUGAAAGAUUCGAGGCAGUUCUUCAUGGGGUAGGCGACGUUGAAUGGUCGAAGACUGUGAAAUAUUUGUGUAAUGCUUUUCAACUUUGUUAUCCAGAACAUAAGAUCCUUAUUACCAUAGACGAGUACGAUUACGCUUUUAAUGAAAUUAAUUUCCAGUCAAAAGCUGAUUAUAAAAGUGCUGAUGCCGAAUCCAUCAAAAAUUUCAUUUCUCGUUUUUUACUUUAUUCCACUUCGAGAUUUGAUGCAGAUACAGCUGAUCACGAAGCGCAAAAGAAAGUCAAGCCAAAAUGUAUUAUUACUGGAAUAAGCAGACUAGCAAAGACAAAUAUUUUUACAGGAAUAUCCGACUUUGAGCACUGGUCAAUGUAUAAUGAGAAAACCGGCCAACCCUUCUAUGGGUUUACUGCAGCAGAAGUUCAAGAUUUAUUGUCUUUGCGUGGAUUUGAUAGCAACAAGUAUGAAGAUUUAGUAUCGAGAUAUGAUGGGUAUCGCAGUCGUAAGAGCCUUAGCGAACCAAUUUUCAACCCAAUAACCAUCGUACAGUUUCUGAAUUAUAAGAAACUUUCUGAUUAUUGGCUACGGACAGGCAGUAAGCUGGCAGAUCAAUUCCCCUUUAUUUUCGAACACUUUCAAUUCAGAUAUUUAAUAAAACUUCUAACCAUGGAAAAUGUCAUCAAGAUUCCAAACAAUGCCAUGGAUCCUACGACCGAACAAUUAGACGAUUUUGCAGAAAUGUUACGAAAAAGAUGCCGUACAUGUGUCCUACGAGUAAACGAGGCACAAUGUGCUUUGGGCAUACUGGUAGCAACCGGAUAUCUCGGUCUGAGCGAAACCCAGCCAGAAAAUGAAAAUUAUACUAACAUCCGAAUUCCAAAUACCGAAGUGCGAAGUUAUUUUAAAACUCAAUCGUCAUACUAUGACUCCGAUUAUGUUGCUUCAUAUUACGAAUCCCUUCGCAGUGCUGCUAUUAUUUUUAGGCUGUUUCUUAAUGACUUAGCGACACCAAAUGAACUUGAAACAUCCAUCCGUGAUAUAUUCAAAGUAAAGGGGCCUUAUGGUAAUUUUGUCCAUACCAUAGAGAAGUUCCAAGAAAAUUCACCUACCUUCAUUUCGGACAUCGGAUUUAUGCACCAAAAUGAAGCAGGUGCGCACUUCACAAUGAUAGAAGUGUUUUCUUUGAUACAGAGAGGGAGAGAUAUCACUUUGGGGUUGGGCUCAGAAGUGGGUUUCGCAUACAAUUCGGAUAAUGAACAACAUUUUUCAUAUCGAAUGGAUCUAGCGUGCUUUAACGAUGACUCAAUCAUGAUAAUUGGAGUGAAGACUGACAAUGAGAAAACAAUAGACAACGUUUUGCAGCAGGCAGAAGAUUAUCUUUUGGUAUUCAAGAACAGGUCUGAAUGCAGAGUAUUUAAAAAUUAUAAACUCGUAGCAAUAAAUGUAAGAGAACGUGACGACGUUGAAGUGAAAUUCAAAACAUUGAGUCACACCGAAGUACUUGAAUAUCAUACUAUGUAAAUGGGCCAGUCUUGAGGAAAAUCAUAGGUAGGUAUACUACAUAAGGUUAUUCUCAGUUCGUUCCUUCGAUUUUGCAAGUACGGCAGUCGAAUUUUUUGUUAUUAAAUACCUAGAUAUAUUUGAUUAUGUUUGCGUUCAAUAUUCAUCUUGUCCGGACAUACAUUCAGCCAGACACCCUACAAUUUAUCAGAAUUUAACAAAAAAAAAAAAUGUUUCAUUAGUGGGUACAUAUUGUUACAAUAGGUGGGUCUAGGUACAGGGUGCCCAGAAAUAUCGAGUACGCCUAAAAAAGUUUUUUUCUAAAAUACUCUGAUUGGUCACAGUGAAUGAUAAUAACGGAAAAACUUUCUUAGGGGCACUCGAUAUUUCUGGGCACCGUGUACAUAUAUCUAAACUAAUAUCAACAUAUAACUUAUAUACCUUACCAUUACUUAUAAUUACUUAUAAGUUAAGUAGGUAUAAUGCGUUAAUUUUUGAUAAUUCCGUUUUCCAUGUGUUUAUAAUAAAUGAAACAUUUUUAUCA